AGAUUGUAUACCUUAUCUACUAACUUUGGCAUACAAGUCUAUGUCUGUAGCGUUGUUUAAACUUCUGUGUAUUGUGUGUUUUGCCUUAUAAAUGUACACUGUGGCAGCUAAAAGAACUGAAAAUGAAUGCAGCUAAAGAACUUAUCACGAACUUUGUGGCUGGAUGUGCUGGUGGAACGGCAUGCGUGUACUGUGGUCAGCCACUGGACACAGUAAAAGUAAAAUUGCAGACGUUUCCCUCACUGUACAAAAGCGCAUUAGAUUGUUUUCGAUCAACUCUUAAAAACGAAGGCAUCCAGGGACUUUAUAAAGGAUCUUUGCCCGCUUUACUAUGCAAUGUUUCAGAAAAUGCAGUGUUAUUUGUUGCACUUGGUUACAUGAAGAGCGUGAUUGGUGCAGUUGUUCACAAGCAUCCUGAACAGCUAAGUAACCUUGAGAAUGCUUCAGCUGGAAGUUUGGCGUCUAUAUUUUCUGCUAUGGUGGUUUGUCCAACAGAACUCAUUAAGUGUAGGAUGCAAGCUAUGGCAGAACUGCAAGCUACAGGCAAAGUGGAAGCACAGAGGAUAGGUCCAUGGGGUGUACUUCGGUCAAUGAUUAAAACAAAUGGGAUAUUGUCUCCAUUCCAAGGGCUGACAAGCACUUGGCUGAGGGAGAUGCCGGGUUAUUUCUUAUUCUUCUAUGGUUAUGAGUUCACAAGGGGAGUACUUGCUUCUAAAGGACAGAGUAAAGAUGAUUUAGAGGCUUGGAAGACUGUUAUAGCUGGUGGCACUGCAGGGUUGUUACUGUGGACCGCCAUUUUUCCAAUUGAUGUGGUAAAGUCUCGUAUACAAGUUCUAUCAGCUGGUGGGACACAAUAUGGUUUUACACGAACACUUAGGAUUAUUGUUCGUACUGAAGGUGUUGGUGCUUUAUAUAGUGGUUUGUUUCCAACAAUUGUAAGAACUUAUCCAGCAAAUGGUGCUUUGUUUUUGGCUUAUGAAUGUGCAAGAAAAAACUUUGGCAAUGCUAUAGGAUUGGAAUCUUCAACAUUUUAGUUACGUUCUUAUUUCUUAGAUCAAUCUUUCUUAGGCAUUAUAUAUUUUACUUCUAAUUUCCCCCAUGUGCAAGUUUUGGUUGAAUUUACCUAACCUAGUAAUACAUAUGUAAUGCUCAUAUGCAGGUUUUAAUGAAAUUUAUUAAAUAUAUGAAACGGUGUUUAAAUAAUAAAGGUGCUCCGCAAAUAAAGUCAAUUGUACCAUCAAA